CAGUUUACAACACACCCCUCCUUCUUUAGCGGUCGGUGCACGCACUGGACCUCUCCGAUGGCUUGCGUUAUUCUGUGGAGUUGCCACCGAUGUGCUUCUACAGCGGUUGAGCGCUCAAUGCGAGAGCUUGAGAAAGUGAAAGUCAUACAUGAGCCAAACUGUUUUGCUUUCUUCUGCGAAGAUGGGAGGCUUAGGAAUGAUGAGAAGAUGUUUACAACCAAAAGAAAAUCUAUCUUAUCUCAAGUGCAGCAAAGCCUAAGUGAAGGAUAUGAGUGUAUUUUUAUCAAGGAUUUGGCGUACUAUAUUAGUGGAAGUUUUGAGCAGUAUACUGAAGGAGAAUUUGCUAAUUUCACGCACACUUUCCUAAUUCGUGAUCCAGUGGCUGUUGCGUCUUCUAUGCAGAGAAUGAGUAAAGCUGAGGGUAGAGUACCAUUUUUUACCGACACCUUGGGUUUUGAAGAAUUAUUCAGUAUGUACAAAAUGGUAAAGAGUAAAAUCAAUCUAAAUCCUACUGUCAUAUCAGCUGAAGAUCUCUUAAAGAAUCCAAGAUGUUUUGAGCCAUCCCUAUAUACAUCACCUUCAUUUUGAGGGAAACAUUGGAAAUGUACUGUACACAGACUGGUCUUCCCUUUUCUGAAAGUAUGCUAACCUGGGAGCCCAAGGUGUUUCCUGAAUGGCAGAAGUAUGCAAAAUACGAGCCCUGGUUUGAAACUGUUAUGAAUAGCAGUGGAUUUAUGAAUGAAACUAUAAAACAAAAAGACCCAAGUGACAAGGUACUUCCGGAAUUUGAGCUUGCUGCAAGAAGAGCACUGCCCUACUACAAUAAGCUUAACAGUAUAUUUCAUCAUCAAACUUGAUAGUUUACCCCUGACAUUAGCGAAGAAUCUUUGAGGGCAAGAGUAUAGCAAUGUUCGAUGAUGGAUAAUCUUGCAGCAAGAGCAGAAGGCCACCAUCUGGUUAACCUUUUACAAAACGUAGUUUGUUAAAAUAAGCAGAA